AUGUGCCCCUAUCAAAUUCCCUUGGUACUGAUCUGUAUUGAGGAACAUGAAGAUUUCAGCAGUCUAAUAAAUCGUCCUCGCACAAAGACCACGAAGAGCAAAGGAAGCGGCGAUGUUAUCUCAGGCAAUGUUACCAAACUAACCUAUAAAACAAAAACCUUGAUCACCAAGUCUAAAUCCAUUCAGGCUCUCUUGUGUGCUUUUCUUUCCGGAGAGCACACCGAGGAGAUUCAUGCCCGCAUUGGCAGCAACUUGACGGAUCUGGAGGCCAAUGUCAGAGAAGUGAUCUUGGCCAUGAAGGAAGUCAGUGUCACUUUGACCACGGAAAAAAUUGCUGCCAAGGUCGCUAGGCCUGAAGGAAGCCAGUUUGGCAGCGGAACGAAGAAGAACACUGAUGAUGAAACCGAUAUGAAGCCAAGGAAGAAGGCGAAAAAAACUAAAUUUGAUAGAAACCCCGAGGAGCGCACAAGACUCAGAGGGAGUGGGGGAUACGAAACAAGAUCAGGUCCAGAGAAGCGAGAUCCGAGAGUCAAUUUGAAGGAGAGGCAGAUAAUCAGAUCGUCGCAGUAG